AGCUCCACAGAUAUAAUCUCCCACCUUCAGACCCAUGCUGCUACCUUACGCGUGGUGGGUAAAGGCCCCACACAGUCCCAAGCAUUAGCGGCCAGAUCUUCUACCAUCGGAUGCUCUAAUCCUGGCUGUAAGGCACGAGAUAAGAGCAAACAUACUGCGCAAAACUGCUAUUGGCCAGGUGGGGGAAAGGAGGGACAAUUUCCCCCUAAUUUCGGCCGACAGAGACGGGCUAACCAUGUAACCGUGAACACUUCGGCCAAUACACCAAGGCAUUUCGUUCUCGCUGCGCGUGUCGUUACUCUUGAGCGGGAACGGGACGAGAAUGGGAUC